UUUGUGGAUUUCUGCUACUCCUCCAUCAUUGUGCCUAAAAUGCUGGCUAACAUCUUCAAUAAGGACAAAGCCAUAUCAUUCCUGGCAUGUAUGGUCCAAUUCUACCUGUUUUGCACAUGUGUGGUCACUGAAGUCUUCCUGCUGGCUGUGAUGGCCUAUGACCGCUUUGUAGCCAUCUGUAAUCCACUACUAUAUAUGGCUAUGAUGUCCUCAGAUCUCCGUAUGGUACUGGUGUCUGGCUGCUACCUCUGUGCAUCAGUGUGUUCUCUGGUUCAUUUGUGCUUAGCCCUUGAGAUCCCAUCAUUUAAGUCAAAUGUGAUCAACCACUUCUUCUGUGAUCUGCCUCCUCUCUUGAGUCUUGCUUGCUCUGAUGUCACUAUUAAUAAAGUGCUGCUGUUUGUUGUGGCCACCUUCAAUGAGAGCUUUAGUAUUGUGGUUAUCUUCACCUCCUACUUGUUUAUCCUCAUCACCAUCCUGAGGAUGCACUCUGUGGAGGGGAGGCGCAAAGCCUUUUCCACCUGUGCCUCCCACCUCACAGUCAUCAUUGUCUUCCAUGGGACAAUCCUUUCCAUUUACUGUUCUUCCACUUCAGACAACAGUGGGGAUGCUGACAAAGUGGCCACAGUGUUCUACACUGUAGUGAUUCCCAUGCUGAACCCUUUGAUCUACAGCCUCAGAAACAAGGAUGUCAAAGGUGCUCUCAGGAAAGUUGUGAACUCUAAGAUAUAUUUCCAAUGA